AUGGGGGAAUACAAGUGGAAUUCGCCGAGAGCUAUCUUCAUCUACGAUACUGUCCUAUGGUGUCUGUCAGUCCUCGUUGACCUCUUCUUCCGUCAAGUGCAAACACGCGGUUCCUUCAAAGUCCCUCGACGUGGUCCGAUCAUCUUCGUCGCAGCGCCUCAUGCCAAUCAAUUCGUCGACCCACUCCUUCUCAUGCGACAAGUUCGUCUGGAAGCAUCGCGUAGAGUCAACUUCUUGGUCGCGGCCAAGUCGAUGCAGCGCAAGUUCAUCGGAGCCGUGUCUAGGGCGGUAGGAGGAAUUCCGGUCGGGCGUGCUCAAGAUCUCGCGAAGCCUGCUACUGGAACAAUUCGCAUGCCCAACCUGUCGCAGCCGAACAUGUUUGAAGGUAUUGGUACCAAGUUCACUGAGGAGUUGAAGCCAGGAUACACGUUUUUCCUGCCCCAAGACGGUGGUUCGGCUGAAGUGGUCUCGAUUGAGUCGGAUACGGAAUGUACGUUGAAGCGUGAUUUCAAGGAUGAGAAGGGAUUACAGCUGUUGGCGAAGAAGGAGGGCACGAAGUACAAGGUCGCACCAAAGGUGGAUCAGACAGAGGUGUAUAAUGCGGUGUUUGACAGACUGAACGAGGGUGGAUGUGUUGGAAUCUUUCCAGAGGGAGGAAGUCACGAUAGGUCAGACUUGUUGCCGUUGAAAGCUGGUGUCGCGAUCAUGGCCCUUGGCGCCAUUGCGAAGAACCCUGGUUGUGAUGUCAAGAUCAUUCCUUGUGGUAUGAACUACUUCCACGCGCACAAGUUCCGCUCCAGGGCUGUGAUUGAAUUUGGUUCGCCAUUGAGUGUUGACCCUGAGCUCGUCGAGAUGUACAAGACCGGAGACAAGCGUGAAGCUGUCAAGAAGCUCCUGGAUCAGAUCUACAAUGCUCUGCAGGCCGUCACUGUUCUGAGUCCCGACUAUGAUACGCUCAUGGUCGUUCAAGCUGCUCGCCGUCUUUACAAGCCGUCGCACAAGAAGCUUCCUCUCGCCAAGGUCGUCGACCUCAACCGUCGCUUCAUUGCCGGCUACACUCACUUCAAGGAUGAUCCCCGUGUUCAGCAUCUUCGCAAGGGUGUUCUCGAUUACAACCGUCAGCUUUCUCUUCUCGGUAUCCGUGAUCAUCAAGUCCAAAACGCUCGGUAUCAUUUUCUCGUCGUCCUGUGCAUGAUGAUCUACCGCAUUAUCAAGCUCAUCGUCCUUACUGUUGGUGCUUUGCCAGGCUUCGUUCUCUUCGCUCCCGUCUUCAUCGCCACCAAGGUCAUCUCCAAGAAGAAGGCCAAGGAGGCAUUGGAGGCUUCGACUGUCAAGAUUCAGGGUCGCGAUGUUUUGGCUACUUGGAAGUUGUUGGUAUCGUUGGGACUUGCACCCAUCCUCUACACGUGGUACUCUUUCUUGGCAACCUACAUCACCUACAAGUAUGACCUUCUACCAGCCUUCCUCAGCAGGUUCAUCUGGCUGGUUCCUGUCAUCUCGAUGUUCGUCUUGCCUAACGUUUCUUACGCUUCGCUUCGAUUCGGUGAAAGUGGUAUGGACAUCUUCAAGUCUCUUCGCCCUCUUUUCCUUUUACUGCUCCCAGGAUCAGCGAAUACGGUCAAUCGUCUUCGUGAACGUCGUGAGGCGCUUGCAUUUGAGUUGACCGAGCUGAUCAACACGCUCGGUCCCGAGAUUUUCCCCGACUUCAACGCCAACAGGAUUGUAUCCACUCCUGACCUUGACUACCGUUCUAGCGAAUUCCGUGCUCGUUCCCGUUCGAGGUCAAGGAGCAGGUCUGGUGAUGAAUCCCCCUCCUCCACACCAGGCAGCCCAGUCACCCGUAACGCCUCUUUCGCCAACCUUGGCGAUGUACCGCUCUUCCCUACCAUUCCUCGUCCUCGCUCAAGAUCAAGGGGGCUUUCUGGAGGUCUCGGCAAAAUGAGCCAGAUCAUCACGACCAGCGACGACAAGGGUAUCGGAGAGCAGAACGGAGAAACCAUCGCAGACAUCGCCAAGAAAAUUCGCGGAGCAUUCUCCGAAAGAAGAAGGAAGAAGGCUGAAAGCCGUGGCUCUGAAUGGAGCGGGGUCACGAGUGGAGCCGAAACUCCGGCUGAUGAGGCGAAAAAGACCAUCUGA